CCAUAAAUUAAGAGUAUACCCAGGCACCAACACCACUGGACUGAGUCACUGAAAUAGAAUUGACUUUUAUUCAUACUCCCGUAUCCCUUUCUAACCUCCCGCUCUCCUUGUAUUAGCAAUGUAUCUUUGGUAAGACACAAAGAUAUCUUUGUGCUACAGUGCUCAAAAGCUUCGGCAUCAAGUUCCCUCAUCAGGAAAGAACAAGGGCACAGAACGGAUCUUUCUCUCACUUUGAGUGCUGCUAUUUGGGGAGUUAAUUCUGACUAACUGUUUAGAGACAAACGUCAACACCCUUUAAAAAUUAUCCAUUGUCAGCGGGAGGAGUCCCAACAACCUGAGGGACGGAGAGCAGUUUUUCUCAAGUUCGACGGAGGAAUCCAAAGUCUUUUCGGGGGUUAACGGGGUGUCCCCGGUCUAAGCGAGCGACAUGUACUUACCUCACAGCACCACCAACCUUGAUCGGAGAUCAUUUAGCCGGCGGGGCGCUUUACCAUGGACGUGCAGAAAAAUAAAGUGUUUCAGUCGCCUGCGGUACAUUUUGCUCAUUCUUACAAUCCUGACUGUGCUUUGUGUAACACUGCAGUUGAUGGGCGUAGUCAGACAGGACAGGAGCUUUGAGAUGUUGAAACUAGUGAGUGACCAGGUGCACAGUCUACCAGGAGAGAUCCAAAGGCCCAUUGCGGAGGAAGACUUGGAACAGGUUCGGGCUGCCUUAGCAGAGAUUGUUAGUGACCCAGCAGAUCUACGUAUUUUCUUAAAGAAAUUUGUAGAAAGAGAAUAUCCUCAUCCACUGGAGGAAAAUGACCAAGUCUUGGAGCCUUCAGCCGAAAAUCUGGACAAAUCUAUUCUCACGGAUCCUGAUAGCAUGGACACUCUCGAUUACAUGGACAAGCAGGAUGAAUAUCCACCACCACCAUUUAUCGAAGAAGCUUUAAGCCAGGACGACACUGUAGCUAGCAUGCCAUUGCUGACAAAAAGUCCCAAGUGUCAACCCAAGCAACACAUUGUCUUUCUUAAGACACACAAGACUGCCAGCAGCACCAUACUGAACAUUCUCUAUCGUUAUGGGGACAGUCACAACUUGACCUUUGCUUUACCACUGAACAUGUACAAUCAGUUAUCCUACCCACAUUUUUUUUCUCCAAACUUUGUGGAGGGAUUUAAAUCUGGAAGCGUGAAGGAGUUUCACAUCCUGUGCAAUCAUAUGAGAUUCAAAUCAGACCAGCUGAGAAAGUUCAUGCCCAAGGACACUUUCUACUUCUCAAUUCUCCGUGAUCCUGUUACAAUGAUGGAAUCUCUCUUUACUUACUACAGAUCCAUCCCAGCAUUCGGUCUGUUCAAAACUUUAGAAGAGUUCCUAAACCAGGAUGAAGAGAAAUUCAACGCCUCUGCGCCUAAUAACCACUAUGCACGUAACAUCCUGACCUUUGACUUUGGUCAGGAUAAUACAGCGCCUAAAAAUGAAACCGAGUUGGAACGGCGUAGCGCCCAAAUCAUCACCGCCAUAGAACAGGACUUUUCACUGAUCAUCCUUUCAGAGUAUUUCGAUGAAUCAAUGAUACUUCUCCAACACGCUCUCUGCUGGACGCUGGAUGACAUUAUGUCUUUCCGCCUCAAUAGUCGCAGCAAUCACUCUCGAAAACCUUUGAGCCCAGAAAUGGCAGAGCGUGUGAAACGGUGGAGUUCACUUGACUGGCGAUUGUACCAGCACUUCAAUACAACUUUUUGGAAAAGAGUAGACUCAACGCUCGGGCGGACGAAGCUCCAACAGGAGGUAAAACUUCUGAGGGAAAGAAGAAGAGAGCUCGAGCAAACGUGCCUCCUGGAUGGAGGAGCUGUAGAUCCGAAGCAGAUUCAGGAUAAGGCGCUAAAGCCGUUUCAGUACGGCGCAGCGGUUAUUCAAGGAUAUAACCUCCGUCCGGGGCUAAGCAAUGAAACUCGUCAGCUUUGUGAGCGUUUCAUUCUCCCUGAACUACAGUACACGUCUUUUCUGUACAAAAAACAGUUCCCUCAGCAAGCAGCCGCCCUGGCAGCUGCGGCAAAAAAAAGAGAGGAAGCUAAAAGAAAAAUUCUUAUCAAAGGUCAAUAUGUUAAGCCAGUCGAUGAUAAAUUAAGCAAGACGAAUGUUCGAGCACCUAUGGACACAAAUGUAAACAAUAAAGAUAAACAGCUCCCACCAAACAACUAAUUCUACUGUUCACAGUGACAAACGAAAUGCUCUAAAUCUUGAUGUAGCGAAACUAAGGAAAGAAAUUAAACCUCAAACACAAAGAUGCCGUACACUACCGUGCAAAAUUUUAGACACACUUGACUCUUAAGAGCUAUUUAAAAAUGUUUUAUCUGAAGGUGCAUUUUUAAAUGUUUGAAAUGAUUGUUGUAGACAAAAAUAUAAUUGUGCCAAUAUAUUAAUUUAGUUUAUUAGAAAACUAAAAUUGUAUUUGAAAAAAAACUAUUUUUGAAAUGGAAGACAAAUAAUGAAGAAAAAGCAAGGAGCCCAUAAUAGAUAAAACUUCCUUAAAGACGGGGUGCAUGAUUUUUGAAAAACACUUUGGAAAAGGGAGUCAGGCCAACUACCAAAACACACUUGUCGUUGCCAAUCAGCAGUAAGGGGUGUGUCUAUCAAAAGAAUGUCCAGAUUCAGUUGGGGUAGGGGUGUAUUCGUUUAGGUGAUUCAAAUGUCAACAUUGGCUUCCAGAGAUCGUGCACCCCACCUUUAAUAUAGUGCAAAAUCAUCUCAGGGUGAUACCUCAAAAAGUUUCUUGAUAAAAGGGUCUUCAACAGGGGGUGGUGGUAUUUCCGGGGCCCUUCAAAUAUUGUUUGAAUUAAAAAUAAUUUAUUUGUGUGGAAAAAUUUAAUAAUAUAAAUUAUGCAUUAAUAGGAAAAUAAUGGAAAUUAAAAGAGAGGAUAAAGUUUCCAGUUCAAAACGUAUUCAGUAAAAUUAUGAUAUGUAUACUAGUCAACAUUUGAAGUGGAUCAAAAACGUUCAUCAAAGUUGUCAUAUGACAAGAAUGGGUAUUGGUUUUAAGACAACUUGAAGGUUUUGAUCCACUUCAAAUGUUGACUAGUGCAUGUUAAUAGUAUGCAACUGUAUAUAAAAGUUUCAUCAGACAAAUGUGCGUUGCCGCCGAUAUGCAUCUGGCCCAAAGUUAACUUCCUUGUUUACUGUUAUUUCUAGUGACUAAACAGACCUCUGGAACAAAUACCUUGUGGAAAUAAAAAGGUUUCAGUUUCCAAAACACAAAGGACAGUGAGCAUGGAUCAUCCGCUGUGCGGAUUUGUCAGCCAGGCGAGAAUUGAAGGAUCUGUAGCUAACAUUAUAUACAUUCAUUUUACACAGUAAUGUCAGCUCGGUGUAAUGGUUGCUAAGCUUUAGCUAUGAUUUGAACUAAGGUAAUUUAUUGGUUAUUUAUUUAGCUUGUUAUUCAAAAUAAUCUACUCUAAAAGUACUCUUGUUGUUAUUGAUUCUUUGCUGAAGUCUACCGGAAGUUAAGUUUGGGCCACGAACGCUGUUUGUUUAUGUUGUUGCUGCUGAAACCGUCUAUACCACAAAGGAUUAUUUUAAUAUUUUUGUAAUGAAACCACUAUAGUAAAGUAUGUUAAUCCAUUCUUUAUUUAAUGCAUGUACCGGGGGGCCAUUAAGGUAACAUGCACACCAAAGCGUUUACGCGGGGAAUGUUUUCAAUUAUUUUCAAUGGAAGCGCUCUGCUUUUCAAAAACGGCUGAGCGCUGAGAGUUUGUCAAUGUCACUUCUCACUCUGCCGUCCAAUCACAGUGGAGGAGGGGUGGCACAAAUAUCACAACAACCAACCAGUGCAUCGUUCAAGAACUGAUAAACAAAGCGUCUGCCUGGCAUUUCAUCUGCUUUUAAACACUUUGGUGUGCAAGCACCCUAAGCGGUAAAGGUUAAAGACCUCUUUUCAAGUUAAAAGAUGAAGACUGAAUAGUUUUGAUUUAUUUUGGAUGACUUUAGUUGCAACAUAAUUGCUAUAGUCACAUUUUUGUUAUUCCAUAGUUUUGAUGAGUUUACUAUACUCAAAUAUAGAAAAAAUAAAGAAAGUUAAUUGUUUAAAACAAUAGUGUACAUAAGGCAAAACACCUUUACUGAAUCAAAACUUAAUUACUGUGAUCUAUUUUGCUAUGAAAAACAUAAUUCAUUCUUGAAUCGUACAUUAUAUAUUUGGGUAGUCAAAAGAGCCUCGCUUUUUGGCUCUAUAAAACAAUCUGGUGUGGGACAAUUGUACCUAGUGUGACUCUUUAAAAGCAACCAUUUAUUGUUUUUACUUGCACUUUCUCUUUUGAUGUGAUUUGCUUUACCUACAGUAGGCCUAUCUCAGAAAAUAACCUGUUAUCAUGCGCCUGUGAGGUUUUGGAAGAGAACCUGGCCUUUUGUGUCUUUGUUUCUUUUUGUUUUCUAUAAAGAAGUGGUUUAUGUUUCCAGUGUGACAAUUCGGUUAUUAUAACAGGGACAAAUCACGAAUGUAACCUUAAAAUUUGUGUAGGACCAAAUUGUGGGGGACCGCUUGACAAUCUGUAUCUGCAAAAAACACUGACACAUUAGUCAUAUAAUUUUGGGGGGAAUAUUGAAUAUCAUGACUCCUCCAGCAUCUUAUAAAAUAUAAAAUAUAUGAUAUUCUUAAAUAUAUGACAUUGUAUGAAGGGGAAAACACUGUGGCACUUUGGUAAAGGCAGACAUAUGGGCUGGACGUAAAAUAUAUUUAUAGAUCUCUCUAUUUAUUGUUUAGCAGGCAUUUUUAUUCAAAGUGACUCACGGUGCAUUAAAGGUACCCAUUUAUGGUUUGUGCAUUUUUUACUCAUCAAACGCACAAUUUUAGUGUUGCAAUACCAUGCUUCACCAACUGAGCUAGAAGUAACUGUAUUAACUGUUACUAUAUGAAUGACACAAGACCAGCCUAAAACCCUUAUUCAUCAUUGAGAUCAGUUGUGACCACAGCACAUUCAUCUCUACAAAGAAAACAGACAUUUAUGGACUAAAGUUUCUUGCCAAGUCAUACAAGCCUUACUAAGUUGUGAAGGACAGUGGACCAUUACCAGUUUUCUUGAACCAAAGUCAGAGCUUCACUAGAAAAGCUACAGUACUUUAAUGUCAUGUAUUGCACUACACUUUGUGACAACUUAUUUUUAAACCUUUAAAAAUCAUAUUUGUAAAUUGUUAAUUAUUUAUUAAUUCAAGAAUAAAAGAUUAUUCUCUA